AUGCACUGCACGCAGAAUACGCUUGUUGCAGUAGUUGGAGGGUAUAAACAUCAAGCAAUGACAUUGAGGCUUGCAGGGGACAAGGUUGUGCUUUAUAGAGUAAGGAUAUUGGGGACCCAAGACACUCUAUUGGACUCCAAUGGAUCUCACUACUUUUACCAAUGUUACAUACAAGGAUUCAUCGAUUUAAUCAUUGGCGAAUCUAGAUCGCUCUAUUGGGAAUGUAAUCUGCAUCAUGUUGCUGUAAAUAUGGAGUCAUUGCAGCUAAUCACAGGAACUCGGAAAAAGAGGACACUGGAUUUUCUUUUCUGA